AUGUGUAAACUCCAUAACUUGGCCACUGCGACAAUGGGCCAAGCACCGACAUAUAAAAGGGAGCUGGGACAAGAUCUUAGUCAUCAGUCGACUGUCUUCCAUUGCUUCCAGCACAGCUCCAUCUUAGCCAUGAGUGUUUUGUAUUUCAGCAUCGUAUUCUGCCUGCUCCUGAGCGCCUAUGUGGGCGUCCAGGCUGGGAUCAUCGCGGGCCAUCCCGACGAACUUAUCGUCAGUCCGGCCCAGUACGAGUUCCACUACUCAGUCCACGAUGGUCACACAGGCGAUGUGAAGGAUCAGUUCGAGCACCGACGGGGCGAAUACGUAACCGGACGCUAUUCCCUGAUCGAACCCGAUGGCCAUCGUCGGAUUGUCGACUAUACUGCUGAUCCAUUGCUGGGAUUUAAUGCCCAGGUUCGUCGGGAACCGAUUUCCCUCUAA